AUACCAGAAGGAAAAGUGAGGGAGUAGUUUUUUUUAAUCUUUACACUUAGAUCCAAUCUGGGAUCUAAGAAAGUGUAGUAGUAGAAGUAGUUAUUCUGAAAGUCGCUUCUGGAGAAAUUUAUCAUAUCAGUAUUUGUUCUUGGGAUUGUGCAGUUCAACUGUUUGCUCAAAGUACCAAUACAAAACUGCUUAUUUAUCAUCUCCCAAGGAUUCACAGGACUUUCUCUCACUGGAGCUUGCUGGCAUUUAAAACAGCAAACCCAUCAUGUUCAAGCAGUCGCCGCGUAGGAACCAGAGGAACAUGGGAUUCAAAGCGAAACACACUCUUCAAGUAUGUGUACUUGUAGGUGUUUGUGUCUGGCUUCUUUACCAAAUCCAACAAUCUCGGUAUAGAAACACCUCAAAGGGAGAACACGAGCCUCUCUCUGAGAAGGUAGACAACGGAUUUGAAGAUUUCAAGUUGGGCAGGAAAGACCUCCAACCUCGUUUGGAGGAAGCGAAUUCCGAAGAUUCAGGUAAUGGGGAGCAACAAGACGAGGAAGAGGAGGAGAAAGGGAAAAGUUUUGAUGAUGAGAACAAUCAAGAAGUGAAAGAAGAAAAUGGGCAGUCCGUAGAUGGAAAUGGGGAGAGCAUUGAAAGGGAUGUCUUGGAAGAGAACAAGGAAAAGGAUGAAAAUGGCGUGGAUGGGAAUGGAAACGAAGAGAUAAAUGAUAAUGGGGGGAGCAAGGAGAAUGAAAGCGUGGAAAAUGGUGAAAACAAAGAUGAAGAAAACGAAGUGAAAGUAGAGGAGGAAAAUAGUAUUAUCAAAGAAAAACAGGAUGAAAGCAAUGGAAGUGAGGAAACAAGUGUAAAUGGAGGUGAAGAGAUGGAAGCAAAAGAGAACGGGAAUGAAGAGAAUGAUCCUAAGGUCAAUACGAAUGGCAACAACACGGAUGAAAAGAAAGAUGGUCAAGUAGAAGAAACUAAUGAUAACAAUAAUAAUGGAAUCGAAGAGAAUGGGAGCGAGGAAACAAGUAAAAAACAAGGUGAAGAGAACAACGAAAAGGUAGAGGAGAAUAUGAAUGGCAAAGAAGGGAGUGGGGAGGAAAAUAGUAUUAUCAAAGAAAAGACGGAUGAAAGCAAUGGAAGCGAGGAAACAAUUGAAAAUGGAGGUGAAGAGAUGGAAGUAAAAGAUAGUGUGAGUGAAGAGAAGGAUCCUAAGGUCGAUACGCAUAUCGAUCACGUAGAAGAAACUAGUCACAAUAAUGGAAUCGAAGAGAAUGAGAGCGAGGAAACAAGUAAAAUAGGAGGCGAAGAGAACGACACAAAGGUAGAGGAGAAUAUGAAGGGCAAAGAAGGAAAUGGGGAGGACGAAGAGAGUAAAAGUGGGGAAAUAAGCGAAACUAAGGAAGUCGAGGGGGAGGAAAGUAACGAGAGGAAAGGCAUGGAGGGCGAAAUAAAAGACCACUCUACCCCCAAUGGCAUUAAGGAAGAUGAGGGUGGAGAAACUAAUGAGACAAAAGAUGUACAAGGUGAAGUAAAAGACAACUCUACCCCCAAUGCCGUUAAUGAAGAUGAGGGUGGAGAAAGCAACAAGACGAAAGAUGUACAGGGUGAAGCAAAAGACCACACUACCCCCAAUGGCAUUAACGAAGACGAGGGUGGAGAAACUAAAAUGAUGAAGUCAUCAUCGCUGAUUGAAGGGAAUGCAAAUGGAGUGUGGCAAGAAGACCACUCUACCCCUAGUUCUGCACAGGCUGGAAACGAAAACAAAGACGUUCCCAUUGCUGGAGGUUCUGGUACAGAUUCAACGAAUGACAACAUUGUAUCAAUCGGUAGUGGGGAGUCUGUUUCAGAUUCUACACCGGAUCGACAAAGCAGUGAUGACUCGGGUUCAGUUAGCACAGCUGUGGAUCCCCAUAAUGACAAUGGCACAAUCGUUAACCGUGGUGAAACCAGGCUUAACCAGAGUUAAGUGAUCCAAUCCAAUUCCCACAUUCAAAAACUUAAGAAAAUACUGCAGUAACAAAGAUGUUGCUGCUGCUACAGAGUCAUACUUUAUGAAUUGCAUUAAGAAUUUGUUUGUACUUUGUUGGCUUUUCUACAUGGAAGCAAAUUGUACCAUUUUUUGCUUACUGCAUUCAGUUACAAGUUUACGUUAU